GUAGCGGGGUGGGACCUGUGGUUGCAUUGGGCUCUCUUUCCGCUGAGGGUGCCGCCUGAAGACCGUUCCGUGGGCGACGCCGUCGCUAUGACCAUUUGUCAAUUCUUCCUUCAAGGCCGGUGCCGCUUUGGAGACCGGUGCUGGAACGAACACCCCGGCGCCGGGGGUGCGGGCGGGGGACGGCAGCAACAGCCCUCAGGUAGUAACAGACGUGGAUGGAAUCCCUCCAGCCAGAGAUACUCCAGUGUUAUCCAGCCAUCCAGCUUCUCCAAAUCCACACCAUGGGGGGGCAGCAGAGAUCAAGAAAAGCCAUCUUUCAGUUCUUCGGAUUCUGGAGCUUCAACUAGCAGGAACAGGGGGUUUGGACUAUCCCAGAAUCCAUUUGCUUCACCCAGCUCUGAUGAGCAGAAAGAUGAAAAGAAACUUCUAGAAGGAAUUAUAAAAGAUAUGGAAGUUUGGGAAUCAUCAGGGCAGUGGAUGUUUUCUGUUUAUUCGCCAGUGAAAAAGAAGCCUAAUAUUUCAGGUUUUACAGACAUUUCACCAGAGGAAUUGAGGCUUGAAUACCAUAACUACUUAACCAGCAAUAACUUACAGAGUUAUCUAAAUUCCCUCCAACAGUUAAUAAAUCAGUGGAGAAACAGAGUAAAUGAACUGAAAAAUCUAAAUACAUCGGCUAACAUAGCUUCGCUCUCAGAUGUAAAGGGUGGAGUAAAUCAAGCCGCAGCUACAUUUGGAUUUGGCAGUAUGCUAGGAAUAACAUUUGGGCCACCAGGUUUUCCAGUGCAUAACAGCAGCAGUGCUAAUGUUCAGAAUUUUAGUUUUAAACCAAGCUCUGGAUUUGCCUCUGCCGCUUCUGGAAGUCCUUCUGUGUUUGGGAAUACUCCAGCGUUUGGAGCCGCACCCCCUGCCAGUUCUGCCAUCACUACUUCCACUCCAGCAUUUGGAUUUGGGAAACCUGCAAUCACAUCUGCUGCUUCAUUUUCUUUUAAAAGUCCUGCAGCUUCCGGUUUUGGAUCACCUGGAUUUUCAGGAUUUCCAGCUCCGAUGGCAGCAGGCUCUGUUGGAGCCCCAGCCUUUGGAAGUGGCAAUUCUGUGGCUGGUUUUGGUAAUCUAGGCUCACAUUCUCACAGUGCUUUUUCCAAGUCAUCCAGUGACACCUUUGGAAAUAGCAGCAUAUCCACCUCUUUACCAGUCUCAAAUGGCAGCAUCACAACAGAUAAUGUGUUAUUCACACCCAAGGAUCAACUAACAGCAGAAGAACUGGAGCAGUUUCAAUCCAAGAAAUUUACUCUGGGAAAAAUUCCAUUAAAGCCACCACCUGUGGAACUUUUAAAUAUCUGAAACGACAAUUUUAAAUACAGAAAAGAACAGCUCUUAGAGUUGUUUUGAGUGGUUCAUAUAUAAUUUCUCUGAGUGGUUCAAAUAUAUAUGUAUAUUACAUAUAUAUGUUUAAGGAAUAUAAGCUUUCAAUAGUAACUUCAGGGGUUUUGAAAUUCAAUAUUUUUUUCAUAAAAAAUACUCAAGAGGUUUUUUUUUUUUACUUUAAUUGUGAAUGGAACUGGAAAAACUGUCAGUGUGCACUGAAUAAAGUGCUUUUCUCGUUCUACAUCACUUUACUGUCAUACCCUUUAAAGGUUUACCUGUAAACAUUUUUUUUUAGGAAGGAGAUCUUUCCUAAAGCCAUUAGGGGAAAAAAUGCUUAAAUAUGUAGCUUAUUUACCAAAUAAACAUCAGUAACAUCA